CCUUAUCAUUUGGUAUCCGAGCACGAUCUUGCUUCACCGAAUAUGACCAAAACUAAUACGGAACGUGAUGAACAACUCAAUCACCACGGCACUGCGUUAGAUAAAUACAGAGAAAAUAUUGCGAAACUUCAAACAGACGUGACAAACAUCAGCAAGAAGCUUGAUGCAAUCAUGGAACUGUUGUCACAACUAGCCAAGGGUCGAGCGGGUUCAACAUUCAAUCCAUCCGGAUCACGGGUGGAGGACCCGACGGAGUUGCAUCAACCCGAAAACCGCAAAAAACAGAUCAUGGGACAAGCGGCUAUGUUUCAAGAAGAACCCCCUCGUCGCCUCUAGGAUGGAUAUGGUUGGGAUCGAGAGUAAGGAUUCCCUCAUGUGAAAACUGAAUUUUCACAAUGGGAUGGAGGAGAUCUGUUUUGGUGG